AUGAUAGCCCUCGCGAUCUUCGACUUUGACGGCACUCUCUUCGAUACACAUGAAUCCAUCUCCCAAACGAUAAAACUCACCUUCGACGCCCUGCUACCCACCCACGCCCCUCCCCAAUCCGAAAUCCACCGUCUGAUCGCCAGCGGCGCCGGCCUAGCAGACACCUUCAAAGCCCUACACCCCUCCCCCGCCGAAUUCACUCCGGCCGCCGAGAACGAGUGUAUUGAAAAAUACCGCGCUCUCUAUGCCACCCACGGCCAACUACUCAUCAAUGCCUUCCCCGGCGCCAAGGAUCUCUUGACUGAACUCAAUGCCCACAAGAUCCCGAUCGCCAUCGUCAGUAACAAAGGCGUAGCCGCUGUGAAAACAGCCCUGGAGCGGAAUGGCCUAGAUGGUUACGUGCCUGAGGAUUUGAUCAUCGGCGAUAAGACUCCCGGGGCAAAGCGCAAGCCCGAUCCUGCUAGCUUCGUCGAUGUUCUGGUUCCCGUCUUGAGGGAGAAAUAUGGGGUGGAGGAGGUUGAUUUGGAGAAUGUGCUGGUGGUGGGUGAUACGGUGGCGGAUGUGCAGUUCGCAAGAAAUAUUAAGAGCAAGGUCUGCUGGUGUCGGUAUGGGUACGGAGAUCAGGAGGCUUGUCAGGAAUUGAAGCCGGAUUUUGUGGUUGAUUCUUUAGGGGAGGUUGUGGGCAUUGUGAAGGCUUAA